UGUUGUUAUUCUGGUUGUGUUGGUGGCGCUGCGUCGCCGUUGCUGACAGAUCCAGUGUCACAGAGUUGGGAUAUGGAGUGCGAGUGGUGGAGCUGGCCGGGACAUGUCUGAGUAGAAACCUGCAACAUUUUCCAACUCGUAUAGCAUUUAAAUCCCCGUGUUGAAGAUGGGGCAGUGCGGCGUCACGUCGUCUAAGACGGUCCUGGUCUUUCUCAACCUGAUAUUUUGGGCCGCUGCUGGUAUCCUGUGCUAUGUUGGAGCCUAUGUCUUCAUCACAUACGAUGACUAUGAUCACUUCUUUGAAGACGUGUACACUCUCAUCCCAGCAGUGACCAUUAUUGCAGUCGGGGCCCUCCUCUUCAUCAUUGGGCUCAUUGGAUGCUGCGCUACAGUGAGAGAGAGCUACUGUGGGCUUACAACGUUUGUCGUCAUUCUCCUGCUGGUUUUCAUGACGGAAGUGGCAGUGGUGGUUCUCGGAUACAUUUACAGAGCAAAGGUUGAAGAUGAAGUCAAUAGUUCCAUCAAGAAAGUGUAUGAUGAGUACAAUGGCACCAACAGCAAUGCCCAGAGUCGUGCCAUCGACUACGUUCAGAAACAGCUUCAGUGCUGCGGGAUCCACAAUUAUUCAGACUGGCAGUAUACACACUGGUAUGAAGCAUCCAAAAACAACAGCGUACCCAUCAGCUGUUGCAAAAAUAAUGCAGGGAGCUGCACAGGGUCCCUCGCUCAUCCCGAAGACCUCUACCAAGAAGGUUGUGAAGCGCUGGUUGUGAAGAAGCUGAAGGAGAUCAUGAUGUACGUCAUUGGGACUGCACUGACAUUUGCUGCCAUCCAGAUGCUGGGGAUGCUGUGCGCUUGUGUCGUGCUGUGCCGCAGAGGCAGAGAUCCUGCCUACGAGCUUCUCAUCACAGGGGGCACCUAUGCGUAAAGGACAACACAUUUCUCACCAUAACACUUCCAGAAUGUACUUGUGUCACUGGUGAGAGCAUGGAAAUAAUCUAUUACCACACUAACCGUAAAACACUAAUCACACCGAAGUCAUGUAUUUUACUUGUUUUUCCAAAAAAAAGCUAUUGACCAAAUUCUUUAAUGGUCAAUGUAAAUGAGAUGUAGAAAGCAUUGUGUUGCUCUGAGGCUGGCAUGAGGGUGCAAGACCUCAUUCUUCAAAUCAAACCUGGUUAGUCAUGUAUGGUGUGAAGUGUAGACAGGGUCCUUUCCUCAUGUUAGUUUGCACUGUGUCUUGCUUUGCUUGAAUAUUUUAUACUUAAAUAUGUCAUAUACUUGAAUAAAAGACUGUAAAUUGUACCCUGUAUUACUACUACUACUACUACUACUACCAGUACUACUACUACUACUACUACUACUGCUGCUACUGCUACUGUUCUACUUCUGCUGUCGAUGUAACAGCUCAGUUUUGGUUAACAGCUCACCUUUCACCAGCAGCAAUCUGUCACGAAAUAGUGGACAGCAACCUAACUAUUUAACUUAACUGGCUUUUUCUUUCUUUAAAGAAUCAACCCUUGUAAUCCCCUUCAGUAUGUGGGUUUUUUUCAGUAGUAAUGCAUUCUUAACUCUAGACAGACUUUGUCCUGUAGCUGCUUUGUUUGUUAUUGUCUCAGCAGUCUACUGAUGAUAGUUUUAGAAUUUGAUUUGCUGAUAUGUAGCAAUGGCAAGACUCAAGAAUGUAAAUAAAAUGUGAGUAAAGUUUGAAA